CAAAGUAAUUUCACCUUUCACGUGACAGAGCAAAACACCGAACGCGAACUGCGAAUUGCGAAUAAUUGAAGAACUGAUAAAAUUGUUUCACAAACUAUCGAGUGUUUUCGUAUUAUGUAAUUUCAUAAAUUCGUGCAACUCUCAGUCUACAAUAUUCUCGUCUUCGUCGUCGUCAUCAUUAUCAAAUCGCACAAUGAAUUUCGAACCUUUACAAAACACCCGUAUAUUGGACGCAGCCAAAGGUAAAGAAGUAGAUAAAAUCCCAGUCUGGAUAAUGCGACAAGCUGGCCGAUAUUUGCCGGAAUUCAGAGAACUACGCUCGAAGUACGAUUUUUUCACCAUGUGCCAAACUCCAGAGCUAGCCACCAAGGUAACCCUAAUGCCAAUCGAACGAUUCGAUCUAGACGCAGCUAUAAUCUUCUCCGAUAUCUUGGUCAUCCCUCAAGCUCUCGGAAUGGAAGUAGAGUUAGUCCCAGGACGAGGAAUGGUGUUCCCUAAUCCUCUAGUUACACCUCAAGAUAUAUCAACGCUCAAGUAUCCUUGUAACGUUUACGAUAAAUUGAAAUACGUAUUCGAUGCUAUUACAAUGACUCGAUACAGCCUGAAAGGCAAAGUCCCCUUGUUAGGGUUUUCCGGUGCUCCUUGGACGUUGAUGUGUUUCAUGGUCGAAGGCGAAUCUAGCUCGACUAAAUCCAAAGCUAAAGCUUGGCUUUAUAAAUACCCCGAAGAGUCUAAAAAGCUUCUAGAUCUAUUGGCCGAUGUAACAGUCGAUUACAUCGUUGGUCAGAUCGAAGCCGGAGCUCAAAUGAUCCAGUUAUUCGAGACGUUAGCCGAGUACUUGAAUAAACCGAUGUUCGAUUUGUACUGUUACAGUUAUAUCAAGAAAAUAAACCAAUCUGUCAAGUUGAAAUUGAAAGAGAAAAAUAUACCCGAAGUUCCCAUGGCUAUAUUUGCCAAAGGAGCUCAUUACGCUCUAGAAGAACUAUCCGAUUGUGGUUACGAUGUGAUCAGUAUAGACUGGACGAUCGAUCCGACCGUAGCUAGAGAUCAGACUAAAUCCAAUAUCACUCUGCAAGGUAACCUGGAUCCUUGUGCUUUGUACGCGCCUCCCGAGGAGCUGAAAAAUAUCACCGAGACUAUGGUGAAGAAAUUCGGUAAAUCUAGAUACAUUGCGAAUUUAGGACAUGGAAUUUAUCCAGAUAUGAACCCCGAUCACGUUAAAGUGUUUAUCGAUACGGUGCAUUCGUUCUGACGAUGAUAAGACUGUGAAAACUAUACAUCGACGAGUUGAUCUUCUAUACGUAGAUCAUUUAUAAAUGAACAAAGCCGAAUGUGGAUUUUUUCUUCAUUUUUUUUAAAACGUUUGAAACGAUCCGAUACGAGUAUACUCGCCUACUUACAUCACAUCCUGAUGCUAUGGUAAUUAUAUCGUGGUAGCUGUUGAAAUGAACUAUUUAUGUUCGUGAACAUUUUGUGUUUUAAUUAGGAAAAAAAAACUUUCCCGGUGUUUUUUUUUAAAAAAAGUAUUUUGUUGUAAUGAUGAAUUUAAAUACAAUUGUUUGUGUUCAUUGUA